AAAACUACAAAAAAAAAAAAGUAAAAGAUACAAAUAAAGUGCCUGGCACACAAUAGACAGUGGUCAAGUGGCAGGGGGUGCACAGAUAUCUGGGUCUGAAGUUCAAAUCUCCACCUGGUAAAGAAAGAAUGAAAACCCCAAUAGAUGUCCAAGCAUCACGGAAGGGCCCACCGGGCUACCUACCUCCCCCAUCUAGUACCAUACCCUCUGAGUCCAAACAGAAAAUCAGAACCUCAGAGAACCCCUAGUUUUUGGGAGAGACAUAUAAAUUCUAAGCUUGGCUGGCUUAGAGAUUUGAAGUAAGUGGAUUCGGAUAGGAUCCGCAGCAUUGGCUUGCCUAGCAAGGAAGGCUAGGGCUGAAAGCCAAGGUGGCACCGCCAGGAGCUCCUUGUUAGCUCUGUACCUAACUGUCCAUUUCGGAAAACCGAAAACUGCCUGGAGUCCAAGUCUCAUGACAUGACUCACUAAUGGUACCUUUGUAGAAAGCCAGGGCUGUGACUUGGAUGUGGUUGAGGGCAGGCUUUCUUCGAUGCGCAUCCAGGCGUCCCGCCUCCUGGGCCUGCAUUCCCAGAGGGAACCCACAGCCGCACCCAUGGAGGCUCCAGAUACUCCACCCUGGUGUCUGGUCCCAACUCCCCCCACCCCCCACCCCCGUCCUGGGCAGGCGUGGUUGAGGCUGAAAAGGGGGAUCAGGAUUCUCCUCCUGGAGGACUUACAGGUCCCCACUUCCAGGCUAAUGCCAUGAAACACUGAGGCUUCAAAAUCGGGCGGUGUUUCCAGGGUGCUGACGUCUCUGCUCCUUAUUACAGCUGCCCUCCUGCAGGUACCCCAGCCUCCGGUGGUUUCCGCCUGCGCUCCCUACCCCGGCUCAAAAUCGCCGUCCGCACCUGCUCCAAGGAGAAAUCAGCACAGGAGAGGUGAGUGGCCAGAGCUGGGGUCGGCAAGGAGGACCCCGCUGUCUGCGCCCCUACCCCACUUCGCAGGAUCUCAGAAAGCCGACGGGCAGACUACUUGGGACGUAGGAAGAUUCUUGCAUCACGUUGGUUAGGCGACUGUUCUUCACCUGGAUCAUCUGAAAGGCACCCCUCCUCCCCCAGGCCGGGAUCCAGUGUCAUCCCCAACUGUGAGAUGGCCUUAAUAAUACUACUUGUGCUUUGCAAUGCCAUCCCGCAGACCUGGGUGUGGAAUGCUCGGUCGGCCGAGCCGAGCUGGCUUCAGGGACACUGGCUCUCCCCGACCGGGGCCCAGCGGGAGCCGGGAAAGGCGCUGCCACCUCCCACCUGCCCGGGGUCCGGCUGACCGCACUGCGGAGACUGAGCCCGGAGACCUCCCUCUCCCGGCUGCGGAAGCGGGAGUGCCGGGCUUGGCUGUAUCCGAGGCGGAGAUGUCGGAUCCGCACUCACACGUGGUGUUCGCAGGCCUUCGAAGUGCGCGAGCCUGUUUUGAACGCCGGCGGCGAGGCUACCGCGUCCGGCCGGCACUCUGGACGGCCGGGGCUGGCGGGCCCACCCAGACAAGAGGAGAGCAGGAGGCCGGGCGGCUUCCCCUCGCCUUUGCGCUGCGGCUCCGGGAGGCCAUUUUGAGAGCGAACCAGAGGCAGCAAGAUGGCUGCGUGGGCCUGAGAAGAAGUCAGAAGCUUGUUUGGAGUUCCAAGUUCAGAAUUCUACCCUGGUUCGCCUCAUAUUGGACCCUGAGUUCCUGGCAGAUGGGCUUCCAUGACAUGCUCCAGGGUCAGAAGAAGCGAAAGAGAAAGAAUUCUGGUGACAAGAAUAAAAAGCCUCCCUCAUCUCUAGUACUCCCUCUAUCUUCUCAGAUGUGGUGGGAUGCAGGCAGCUGGCCAGAAACCCACAGGAGCUCUGUGAUUGGUCUUAGGUGACUAUGAGGCCAACAGAUUAUCCUGUGAAAGAAAGUGAUGGGCCAGACUCUUACAGCUUUUAUGGAAAUGGAGAAAGAACAGUGACUCCUGCCAAGGUCACAGGAUUGGAAUACAGAGCCAAGCUCUCUCAGAAUCAGAAGAGCUGAGCAGGAAAGGAAGACUCAGUAACCACCAAUCCUGAAACUGCAGGAUCAAGUGCAAUCCUGCCAUCAGGGACUUGGCAGGAGACCAGGGGAAAUAUGCCCCAACACUUUCAGUGGGCCUUUGUCCUUGACUUGCUGGCCAGCCUAACAUCUCCUGCAUCAUUUCUACCCAGGCCACACCCUUUUCAGGCCUGUUCUGGGUCUGUUGUGCUAUGGAACACUCUGCUCAGGCCCCUGGCAAAUGGAGACUUCACCACUGGUAUUUCCACCUCAAAGGACAGGACAGCUCACUGGGAAGUUGCCAAAGGAAGGGACUCCAUCUUCCUAGGAAUUAACGAAGCCCUCUCCCCAGCUGUCUUCCCCUUGGUGCUCCUUUUCCUCCCUCCUCCUGUUCACAGCAGGCAGGGCCUGGACCCUGGAGCCAUGCUGCUCUGCUGUUGCCAGGGGAGCCUGGAGGCAAAUCAGAGCUAUGCAGGGAAAAGGCUCGGCCUGUCAAAGUGUCUGAGAUGAACCACUGCGAUCCUUGUGCAGCUGGGCUCAGAUGUGUCUCUGCUCUUGUUCUGUGCCUGAGAAUACUGAAGCCCAGUGAGGUUCAAGGGCACAUUCGCUAUUCAUUAGUCAGGGGUUCUUGACGUCCCAGGGAUGGGUUCCCCCCUUCCUCUUUCUCUCCUUCCUGUGACACAUUCCUGGAUGCCUGUGGUGAGAGCUGUACACCUCCUGCUGCACAGCCUCUUCCCCUCAAAUCCUGAAUCAACUCCAAUCAAGGAGACCAGACAGGACAGAAACAAUGGCUUCUGGAAACCAUUCAGGCAGGACCCCAGCCACACCGGCCUGCCCUUCAUUCUCAAUUCCUCUGGGGGUUCCACUCUCCCAUGACUCAGGGCACCCAUGGGCCACCAGCUUCUACAGGUCUGAACAGGAGGACACCACUGGUGCCACCCUACACACAACAGGCCAGUGUAAUGCUAUUCUCAGUGGAUUCCUUGGGUGCCUCUAAUCUUGCUGGCUUGCUAUUUUUGUGUUUCCUUACCACGAUGUGCCUGUUGAUUGGAGAGUGUAAAUUGUACAUUAUUUUCUGAAAUGUGGCAAUGUCAAAAUGUAAAAGGAGCAUGUAUUUGGUCACAAACAAAUUGUACUACUAGGAACUUAUUCUAUGUGUACUCAUAAAGGUU